AUGCUGAAUAAUGCAUCCAAGACAAAUAAUACGGGAAAAGUAGAUGAUUCAGGUGUAUUUUUCAUUGGAAAGCCCUCAGAAUUAAAUGGACAUACGUUUGAGCAUCUAUUAGAGCAGGCUCUGGCGUUACCGGCAUCCGAACUGAACAGUGCAGCUGAACAAGAUGUCUUUGCAUGUGCGGAAUUAGUGCAGAUUGUAGUUCGUGCAGGUCUCCUUGGAGUUAUUAGUGAUUUUCGUCAACAUAUAUCUUCUUUUUUUGAAAAUAUGUGCAAUACAUGUGGAACAAAUGCUGCAGUGUUGCGUGCGCAACAGAGUUUGCGUCUUGUUCAGACUACGGUUCAGCGGACGCCUAGUGUGCUUCAUGUGACAACUAGUCGGGAGACAGGUCGUGAAGAAAUGUUGGUGGUAUGGCUAACGUGGCGAAUGGCACUGUUGUUGCAACGCGGGAUAGAGGAAGUGUUACAGAAGGAUAUUUGUGAGACGUAUGUGGGGAUGGCAGUAAAUGGUGCAAUGGGAUUGGAAAUACUUGAUGCACUUAAAGAGCUUGUAGAAGUAUUAGUAUUUCAUAUAACGAUUUCAAUUUCAGAAUCUGGGGAAAGAUAUAAUGAAAAGAUUUUAAGACUUUUUACUGAUGUUCCUGAGUUUUGUCGAUUUUCUGUAUUUGAUAUGCUAGAUAUUGUUGGAUAUAUAUUUCAGAUGAUGGUAGACUGGGUAUUUGAUACACGAGUUGCUGGUGUUGUUUUUGCUUCUUGGUCUUUAAGUUGGAUUGGAUAUCAUGUAGAUACUUUAUGGAAUUUUUUGACGUUGUUUUUGUCGAAGUCUGUUUCUGCAAAUCAUGUUGUUUGGAUUCAUGCUUUGUUUUUAAAAAUGCUAGGGACGAUGUUAUGUCACAUGGUGCUACAGUCUUCUGUAGAUGAUUUGCAUAUAUGUUUUAGAAUAACUAUUACUCUUAUUUUGUUUGGGCUUGAAAUUAUUCAUUCGGAUGAGAUACUUGACAAGUUGAAUCGAGUCCUUCAAGAGGCUCUUUGUAUUGGGCUUUUAGGUAUUUCAAAAAUAUUAAAACGGUUUCCUGAGCAUAUGUCAAUGGUUUAUACACGAUUGAUGCCAUCUUUAGAUCGUUUUCAAAAGAGUCCAAUCAGGUUUAUGGCAACUAUAUAUGAUUUUAAAGUCUGUUAUGUGUAUAGUAUUUUGGUUUUGUCGUCAAAUAUGGCAAAUUUUUAUAAGCAAAUGUUUAAUGUGAACGAUUUGGUUAAAUUUUUAUUUCAACAUUUAAAGAACAUAAAAAUGGGAUUCGAAAGUGAAUACUUAAAAGAAAGAUAUUUUUUCGUGACUGAUUAUGUUAAAACAAUAUUGAACAACUGUUUUGAGUCCAAUGAUGAUUUAGAAAUGGAACAAUUAUAUCCCUCUUCUGAUCCUGUCUUUUAUAUAUCUCGACAUAUGUCUACUGUUUUUCCUCAAUUUUCUGGAAAAAUUGAUUGCAUUUUUGAUGAAAUUCAAAACUUUCUUUCUGAUAUGAAUCUUGAUUCAUUACAAUAUAAAGUUAUUUUUGAAAUUAUUGGUUUAUUAAGUUGUGCUUCAGUUGGAUGUUUAACUGUAUUUCGAUUAGGUUAUGAUAGUAAUUUUUCUCUUCUUUGUAGUUUAUGCGAUCAUCCAAAUAUAUCUGCUAAGGUUUUGGAUUCUUGUAAAAUUACUGUUCGCUCGGAAUUGAUAAAGUCUUGUUUGAAUUUGGAAUGGUUUACACGUUCUAAUAAAUUGAGGAUUAUUGCUAUGAUGACAUUAGGUAGAAUUAUUAGGCAUUCGACUAUUGGGUCUGAAAUACGAUUGUCAACUUCUGUUCUUGGGAAUUGGUGUAUACAGUCACUUCAGAGUUCUUUACGUGGAUUGAGAAUACAAUCUGGAUAUACAUUAUGUUGUUAUUAUAAUAAAAAAAUUUCUGGUGAUUCUAAUAAUGAAUUGAUAUUGGAGAAUAGACGUUAUAUUUUUGAUAUAUUAAGAGAAUUAUCUGCAAAUGAUAAGAAAAUAUAUAUGGAAUCUGUAAUAUUGUUUUGGGCUGAGCUUGCUAAAAUUUCAAAAGCAGAAGAGCUUAAUUUAAUUUUAAUAUUGCUUAUAGAAUAUUUGGGACGAGGUAAUUUAUUUAUUCAAGCACUUAUUUUUCAAGAGAUUCAUUCUAUUUCUGAUGCUCAUAACUUGACGCCUUGGCAGCUUUUUUCUCCGUAUUGGAGUACUGUUAGUGUCGCAGUUGUGAGACAGAUGCAAAGUCGACCUCAAAUAGUACAGAUAUUUUCUACUAUCUUGGGGAUAUCGUCAUCAGAUUUUCUUGCACGGACUCAAUCUUAUACUUUACCUUAUCUUAUUAUAUCAAAAAGAAAAGAUGUUAUUGAACAAAUUGCUUUUUCUGUACAGAAAGAUGUUUCAAAGCUUUGUCUAGAUAAUAUGCCCUAUAUUUUGGCUGUACUUUUGACUCAAAAUGUCACAUGUGUUGAAAGCGCGACUAUGCUUUUGCUUUCUUUAGCUUCUUCCGAUUUCAAGAAAGUGGAUUUAUCUAGUCUUGUCCGCUCUGAACCUAUAUUAAUUGUUGUUGAGUUGUUACAAAUGUUUUCUAGUGAAAUUGAUGAGAAACGUAAAAGGGUUUUAAGAGCUCUUGAAAUCGUUUCUGCAAUUGUUUCUAAAAUUCCUCUUGAUCAGAUUUAUUCAAAUGCGUUUAAUUCUGCUGAUCUUCUUUCUAAGUUUUUUACUCGUUAUACGUUAGGGAUAGUAGCUCAGUUUACUGAUCUUAUAAAUGAUGUGAGAGGUAAGAAUUCCGUUUCUCAAAAAUUGCGUUAUUUGUCCGGCAUUGAAGAAUUAGUAAAAUUAUCUGGUAAUUCUAUUAGCAAUGCUAUUCCGCAGGUUUCUGCUUGUCUUCAGUCAGCUUUAUUAGAUCCUUUUUUAAGAAAAGCGUCCUUAUGUUCAUGGUCAACACUUGUAAAUAAUUUAAAUGAUUUUGAUUUGUCUGGUAUAUUAGGACAAACAUUUUCUUUGUUUUUACGAUAUUGGCAUGAAUGUUCGUUUAUAGAAAAACAACUGAUUCGAGAUCUUUUUUUGUCUUUAAUUAAUGAUCGUAGAAAUGUUGUUGAAGAAUCUAUUGCAAAUAUACCAUGUUUAAAUGUGAUAAAUCAAUUGGAUGAUAUUGAAAAAGAACUGUCAAAAUUUAGGAAACCUAUUUCAUUUAGUGAACAUUUGAGGAACAUUGCUCGAAGAUGUGCUGAUGAUAGUGAAAUUGUUUGUUAUCAAGGAUUAUUGGAGCUUCGAAAAUGUUUAUAUAAAAAUCAAUCUAGUUUAUAUUCAUUGAUAGUUAAAGAAAGGACUGAGCAAGUGAUUGACUAUAUUAUUAGGAUUCUGUUAGAUUUGUGUCAAAAGUAUCGAGAAAUAAACAAAGACAUUGUUGUAGUUUCUGCAGAAUGUCUUGGUGCUAUUGGAGCAGUAGAUCCUUUAAGAGUUGAUGCUGAGAAAAAAAAUCAAGAAUUAGUUGUUCUUUAUAAUUUUGAGAAUAUAGAUGAGAAUGUUACUUUUAUUUCGUCAUUUAUUCAAGAACAACUUGUUGGGGCGUUUCGAUCUGCAACAGAUACUCGGGUUCAGGGGUUUUUGGCAUAUGUCAUGCAAGAGUUAUUGAAGCUUUGUGGGUUUACUGUUUCCAAUAUUGCAAAUACAAAUGAGUCUUUUUUUGAAACAUUUAAAAGAUGGUCAUAUUUUUCAACUAGCUCAAAACAAACUCUUAUACCUUUGUUAAAUUCUAAAUAUUUUGUUAACUCAUCUCAACUAGAUAUGAUUUCAGCUUAUCCAAUAUAUUCUACAGUAAAAACUUAUAAGACUUGGUUGCAUAAUUUUUCUUUAGAGAUAUUUAGAAGUGUUGAAGGAGAUAAUGCUAGAAAAAUUUUUUCUAUUUGUGCUCAUAUAAUUAAAAAUCAGGACUUAAACAUAGCAAAUUUCCUGCUACCUUUUGCUCUUUUGAAUGUUGUAUUAACAGGAACAGAAUAUUUAAGAACUAUGAUAACAAAUGAGUUAUUAGAUGUAUUAAAGGAUGGAGAAUCUGAAAAGGUGAAUAUAGUUGAAGCGGAAAAGGCACAAUUAGCAUGUCGGACUGUAUUUUCAAUAAUAGAUUAUUUUAAUACUUGGCUUCGCAGGAAAAGAAGUUUCAAUAGUAGUUGUAAAGUUGCUUUAGCUAGAAGGGCUAAUAGAUAUAUGGUUGCGGAUGAUGAUGUCGAUAAUGAUCCUCUUAUUAAGAAAGUCGAAUCUUUGCUUUUAGUCAUACCAGCGGGUCUUAUAGGACGUGCUUCAUAUAAUUGUGGGUCAUAUGCACAAGCUGUAUUUUAUUGGGAACAGCAUAUUCGUCAAGAACGAAACAAUGGUUUAGAUAAUAAAACACUUAGGCCUUUAUAUAAGCAGUUACAGCAAAUGUAUAUGAAUUUAGAUGAUCCUGAUACGAUUGAUGGAAUUUCUUCUAAAUUCCAUACUUUUGAUUUAGAUCAACAGAUUUUAACUCAUGAAAGUGCAGGUCGCUGGGCAGCUGCUCAGACAUGUUAUGAAUUGUCUUUGGAUGAAAAGAAUCCGAAGUUUGAGUUAUUAAAUGGUCUAUUAAAUUGUUUGAAAAGACAAGGCCAUUAUGAAACAUUAUUAAUAGAAGUCGAUGGUCUUAUUUCUUGUAAUUUAAGUUUUACUAGUAAAUUAAUAAAUAUCGGUGCUGAGGUUGCCUGGCAAUUUGAAAAAUGGAAUGUUUUAGAAAAGUAUUUAAGUCUUACUGAUGCUAAAUUAUUUGAUAUUGGUCUUGGAAAAGCAUUGUUACUUUUAAAGAGUAGAAAGUAUUCUGAUUAUGAAACAUGUAUAGCUGAGUUACGUGCACAAUUAGCUACUUCUUUAGGAACGAGUAAUAUUGAUUCUACAUGGCAAUGUUAUGACAUAUUAUUUAAAUUGCAUAUGUUAUUUGAACUAGAAUAUGUUUACAAUUCUUUUAAAAAUCAUAAUGAUGAUAUAGGAUCUAUUAUGAAUGUAUUGGAUCAAAGAUUUCAAUUAAUUACAGCUUCGUUUGAACAUAGGCGUUCUGUUUUAUCUUUGAGACGAAUAAUUUUGGAUAUAUUAGGUUCUUCUGAAGGUGCUAAUCUUAAUGAUGAAGUAGCUGAAAUAUGGCUUAAAAUAGCGAAACUUGCUAGGAAAUCUGGUCAUUUACAACAGUCUUAUAAUUCAAUAUUAAUAGCUGAGAGUAAAGGAUCUCCUUUAGCAAGUGUAGAACAUGCGAGAUGGUGGUGGAAGCAAGGAGAACAUAGGAAAGCUGUUGAAAGUUUGGAGAAUGCUUUUGCUGCUGGGGUUUUUGAUUUUCCUGAAAAUCUUAAUUCUGGGACAAAAAAUUUCGAUAAUUGUUUAAAUACGUAUUUAUCUACAAAAUCUAAAGCAUAUAUUACUGGAAAGGCUUCUUUACUUCUUGCUAAAUGGAAAGAUACAGGAGGGCAAAGUAAUGCGCGUAUAUUGGUUCAAAAAUACCAAGAAGCAGUUAAAAGGCAUGAUAGAUGGGAAAAGGGUCAUUAUUAUCUUGGACAUUAUUAUAAUAGAUUAUAUGAUGAGGAAGCAAAGCAUCCACCAAAUCAACAAAGUGCUAAUUUUCUAGAAGGUGAAUGGAUUCGCCUGAUUUGUAUUAGUUAUGGACGAGCUCUUCAUUAUGGAAGUAAAUAUAUCUAUCAAACAAUGCCUAAGUUUCUUACAUUUUGGUUGGAUUUUGGGAAUAAUGUUGAUAAAAUAUUUUCUGAUGUUGGGACUAAGGAAUUUCAACAGCACCUUCUCCAAGCAAGGCAUAAUCGAUUGAAAUCAAUAAAUGAGAGUGUUAAAAAAUAUGCAAAGCGGUUGCCUGCAUAUUUGUUUUUAACAAGUUUUUCUCAAUUGAUUUCUAGAAUAACUCACUCAAAUCCUUCUGUUUUUUCUAUAUUAGAAAUGAUAAUUGUUUCUGUUAUUUCAACAUAUCCUAGGCAAUCUUUAUGGUAUAUUCUUUCUGUAUCUAAAUCUCGUUCAAAAAUACGUUCUGAACGUGGUAAUAUUAUUCUUCAAAAAUUGAUGACUGACAUUAAGCCAUCAUCUUUAAAUAUUAAAAAAUUAAUAAAUCAAGCACAAUUAUUAGUGGGUCAGUUUAUUCGACUAUGCAAUACAGAAAUUACAAGUAAAAGGAGCAUACAAAGUCUUUCGAAAGAUUUUAGGUUUUCAUCUUCUGUUGUACCAAUAGAUAUUGUUGUGCCUAUUCAGUCUGUUUUAAUAAUUGCUUUACCAUCUUCACCUGCUGCUAUUAAACAUCAUUCACCAUUCCCUGAUGAUCAGCCAUGUUUGCAUGGCUUUUUGGAUGAAGUAGAUAUAAUGAAUUCUUUACAGAGACCUCGUAAAAUUACUAUUAUUGGUAGUGAUGGUCGACAUUAUCCAUUUCUUUGUAAACCAAAAGAUGAUUUACGAAAAGAUGCACGGUUAAUGGAGUUUAAUAGUAUGAUUAAUAAGUUUUUAAGAAUAGAUAAUGAAUCUAGAAAAAGACAGUUAUAUAUUCGAACCUAUAGUGUAAUACCUCUUAAUGAGGAAUGUGGGCUUAUUGAAUGGGUUAAUCACACAAGGCCUUUAAGAGAUAUCAUACUGAAAUCAUAUAAACAAAAAAAUAUAUCUAUUAAUUAUUCAGAAGUUCGUUCAAUACUGGAUAUGGCGUCAUCUAGUUCAAAUCCUGGUAUAAUAUUUACUGAGAAGUUGAUACCGAAAUUUCCUGCUGUUUUUCAUGAAUGGUUUGUGGAAACUUUUCCUUCACCGAUAACUUGGAGAGCAAGUCGUUUGAAUUAUGCACGGACUUUGGCCGUUAUGUCUAUUGUUGGGUAUGUUUUAGGUCUUGGAGAUCGUCAUGGAGAAAAUAUCUUGUUUGAUGAAAAUAAUGGAGACUCUUUGCAUGUAGAUUUUAAUUGUCUUUUUGAAAAAGGUCUCACGUUUGAAAAACCUGAAAGGGUUCCAUUUAGGUUAACUCAAAAUAUGGUUGAUGCUUUGGGUGUAAUAGGUUAUAAUGGAGUUUUUAGAAAGUCGUGUGAAGUUACAAUGCGAAUAUUGAGGUCGAAUCAAGAAUCAUUGACUAGUGUUUUGGAAACUUUUAUUCAUGAUCCACUUGUAGAGUGGGAUAAAAAAAAGAGGAAUGUUUCUGUAAAUAAUUUAAAUAUGGAAAAUCUUGAAGCAAAAAAAGUAUUAGAUUCAAUUAAGCGAAAAUUAGAUGGGUAUAUGGCUGCUGAGGUUACUCCUUUAUCUAUUGAAGGACAAGUAGAAGAACUUAUUUUGCAAGCCGUUAAUCCUGAAUUGCUUGCGUUGAUGUAUAUAGGUUGGGCAAGUUAUAUGUAG